GUCAGUCAUGGAGUUCCAGUCGUCGGAUACAUGUGGAACGCAGCGAACACAAAACAGCGCGCCUCGCCCCGAAAUACAAUGCGAAGAAAAUUUUUACAAAAGUUGUGUAUAAAAGAAGUGAAGUAACUGCAACCUCUGUAUAUAUAUACAUUUAUUUGUGUAUAUAUGAGUGUGAAUUAAUAUAUAAAUUAAUAUGUUUGCCAAAUAUGUUACAAAUUCUAAACUCGACAAGUGACGCAAAAAGUUUAAUUUAAAAUUUAAUGAAAUAAUAAAAGUGUGAAAAAUUGAACAUAAAUGUCGUACAUUACAGCAUUUGAUUAUCGUUAAAAAAUCUAGAUUGGGAAAAAAUAGAAAGCAAGAGAAAAACCGUAGCUGAUAAAAAAUUUAAAAUUCAAUUUAAAGCUUUUGUAAAGCUCCACGCCCCGUCGGCUAUUGUUGUUGUUGUUGUUGUUGUCGUGGGUGCCGUGUGUUGCAGAAGUAGCAACAAAUGCAGCUGCAACUGCAGCGGGAAGCAAACUAAUAAUCAUCAUUUAAGGAUGAUCUGCUCGGCUUACGGCAUUUCAUUAAAAUGGAUUUGCGCCAAUACCAACGCGCUAAGCUGCAUUUGUGCAACGGAUUAUCGAUUGUAGUGCGCAGUCAUCAAACAAUCCAACAGCAACAUAGUGCAAAGAAUAAUACCAACAACAACCACUGAGCUUGAGUUUUAGUUUUUGGGCCUUCACAAAAAGUUUUGUAUCUUAUGAAACAAUUGACGUGCCGGCCAAGGCAGCAGCAGCAGCAGCAGCAACCAACAAAAUCGCAACACAUUUUUAAACGGCAUACGCAAAGAUAUGACAAGUGAUGGUGCUGUUACGUUUUGGAUAUUUUUGCUUUGUUUGAUCGGCUCGCCGCAUUUGGAGGGCAGCGAGGCGGGUAGGCCGGAUGAGCUGCAUAUCGGCGGCAUCUUUCCCAUUGCGGGCAAAGGAGGAUGGCAGGGUGGGCAGGCAUGCAUGCCCGCCGCAAGACUGGCAUUGGAUGAUGUCAACAAGGAGCCAAAUCUGCUGCCAGGUUUCAAGCUCAUCCUGCACAGCAACGACAGCGAGUGUGAACCUGGUUUGGGUGCCAGUGUGAUGUAUAAUCUACUUUACAACAAGCCGCAAAAGCUGAUGUUGCUGGCAGGAUGCAGCACCGUGUGCACCACUGUGGCAGAGGCAGCCAAAAUGUGGAAUCUAAUUGUUCUUUGUUAUGGAGCCUCAAGUCCUGCCCUAUCCGAUCGCAAGCGUUUUCCAACACUGUUCCGAACGCAUCCCUCGGCAACGGUACACAAUCCUACGCGCAUCAAGCUAAUGAAAAAGUUCGGCUGGUCCCGUGUGGCCAUCUUACAACAGGCCGAAGAAGUAUUCAUAUCGACUGUAGAGGAUCUCGAGAAUCGUUGCAUGGAAGCUGGCGUCGAAAUCGUAACUAGACAAUCAUUUCUAUCCGAUCCAACAGACGCCGUGCGUAAUCUUAGACGUCAAGAUGCCCGCAUCAUUGUGGGUCUUUUUUAUGUGGUGGCAGCGAGACGAGUUCUCUGCGAGAUGUAUAAACAACAGCUUUACGGACGUGCACACGUUUGGUUUUUUUAUGGUUGGUACGAGGACAACUGGUACGAGGCAAACUUGGAGAACGAGGGCAUUACCUGCACUGUGGAGCAAAUGAGAAUCGCAGCAGAGGGACAUCUUACAACUGAGGCGCUCAUGUGGAAUCAGAACAAUCAGACAACAAUUUCCGGCAUGACUGCCGAGGAAUUUCGACAUCGACUGAAUCAAGCCCUUAUUGAUGAGGGCUAUGACAUUAACCAUGACCGCUAUCCAGAAGGCUACCAGGAGGCGCCGCUGGCUUACGACGCUGUCUGGAGUGUGGCAUUAGCUUUCAACAAAACAAUGGAACGGUUAACUUCGAGAAAGAAAUCGCUAAGAGAUUUCACGUACACGGACAAGGAAAUCGCCGAUGACAUCUAUGCGGCCAUGAACUCAACCCAGUUUUUAGGCGUAUCGGGAGUGGUUGCAUUCAGCUCACAGGGCGAUCGUAUAGCCCUCACUCAAAUCGAACAGAUGGUAAAUGGGAAAUAUGAGAAGCUAGGAUAUUACGACACCCAGCUGGAUAAUCUUACUUGGCUAAAUAUGGAACAAUGGAUUGGUGGCAAGGUUCCUCAAGAUCGCACAAUUGUUACCCAUGUGCUGCGAACGGUUUCUUUGCCAUUAUUCGUCUGCAUGGGGACAAUCUCUAGUUGUGGCAUCUUUGUAGCUUUUGCUCUGAUCAUCUUCAACAUAUGGAAUAAGCAUCGCAGAGUUAUACAAUCUUCACAUCCGGUCUGCAAUACCAUAAUGCUCUUUGGCGUUAUCAUUUGUCUAAUAUCAGUCAUAUUACUGGGCAUAGAUGGCCGUUUUGUCAGCCCUCACGAAUAUCCAAAGAUUUGUCAAGCUCGAGCUUGGCUAUUAUCCACCGGUUUUACACUUGCGUAUGGCGCAAUGUUCAGCAAAGUAUGGCGAGUGCAUCGAUUUACAACAAAAGCAAAAACUGACCCGAAGAAAAAAGUGGAACCUUGGAAGCUAUACACCAUGGUUUCGGGGCUCUUAUCAAUAGAUUUAGUGAUAUUACUGUCUUGGCAGAUCUUUGAUCCGCUGCAGCGAAUACUUGAAACAUUCCCACUCGAAGAUCCAGUAUCUACAACUGAUGAUAUUAAAAUACGUCCAGAGCUGGAGCAUUGUGAAAGUGAACGUAAUUCCAUGUGGUUAGGACUAGUCUAUGGCUUUAAGGGUCUAAUACUCGUAUUUGGCUUAUUCUUGGCCUACGAGACGCGAUCCAUUAAAGUGAAGCAGAUCAACGACUCGCGCUAUGUGGGUAUGAGCAUUUACAAUGUGGUCGUGUUGUGCCUGAUAACAGCUCCCGUGGGCAUGGUCAUUGCAUCGCAACAGGACGCCUCAUUCGCCUUUGUUGCACUAGCUGUGAUAUUCUGUUGUUUCCUAAGCAUGCUGCUGAUAUUUGUGCCAAAAGUUAUUGAGGUCGUACGACAUCCGAAAGAUAAGGCAGAAUCAAAGUACAAUCCAGACUCGGCCAUAUCGAAAGAAGACGAGGAACGCUAUCAAAAAUUAGUAACCGAAAACGAGGAAUUGCAACGAUUAAUAACCCAGAAAGAGGAAAAGAUACGAGUAUUACGGCAACGGCUAGUCGAACGUGACGUCAAUACGAAGAGCACAGAACUGAAUCCCACAUCGGGUACCUGUGGUGGCACGGCAACAACAUCGCUUGCAAUGCAGCCUCAAUCAGCUUCAAUCAUCAACACAACUGCAUCCGCACAUGCAACGCCCUCAGCUACGCUCGCGAUCACACAAGAUACUCACGAGCACCGUACAUGAAAAAACUUGUCAAUUUCCUUUGCGUGAUAGGUGAAUUAUACAAAGAAGCUUCUAAAGUACAUUUAAUAAAUAUGUAUGUAUGCAUGUACACGUAUGAACUUGAAAAACUUUGUAUCAACUUUAAGCUGAGCUAAAUAAGAAAAUUGGUAGCAGCAAUUUUUAGAAAUAACUGAAAUAUUUAUUGUACCUUAAAUGUGUUUAGAAACUACUUAUAAAAAAAAUCUUAUAAACUUACGGAACCUAAUAUUAACGAUACGGAAAAUUUACUAAAAUCGUUAGUCUGUAAAGUUAAAUCCUUCACAAAGACUAAGUCAAGUCAUACCAAACUAUUAAUAAAUUCAAUCAUGUUGAACUUUAGUCAUUUUUAAAUUGCGAUAGCAAGCAAAUUGUUGUGUUAGAUACAUACAUAUGGUCUUGCUUAGUGAGCAUUUUCCCAUAAACCUCUUUUGCUCAGUGCUAUCUCCUAGAGCUAUACACACAUUCCCACACAACGUUUCCCAAGGCGGCCUUUUCCAUUUCGUAUUUAAAUACAAACAUAUUUAUGUUCAGCCGCACCAAUACGAGCUCUUAGACUCUAGAACCAGACUUCUAGAAAGUUUGGUGUAUUUACUUAGCUUAGGUUAGUGUUAGAUUUUGUAUAGAUCAUGUGUCCGAAUAUGUGUGUGUAAAUUUAGGGCGUGUCCAAAAACUCUCGUACUUACAUACUAUAUGUACUCGUUAUGCACUCAAAUACAAUGUUUUAGUAGCUUACAUUUUUGGGAGUCAAAGGUAGCACUACCAGGGAAGGAACACAUAGCAAACCUUAGAUAAUGAAAUACAUAAUGGCAUAGUUUAGUGUAAUCAUAAUGUAAUAAAUGCAUAUAUUAUAUUUGGGGGAGGGGGUGUUAUGUGCUAGUACAACAUUAUGAUUUUUAUCUACUGUUAUAUAUAUAGAAAAUGGACGAAAGGAAUUUGAAAGCAAAGGAAAUUUUUGAACACACUGUAAGUUCUAAAAUUGCAUUUAUAAAAUUACGUAUGUGAAUUAAAUGCAACAUUAUAUAUUAUAAUAGGAAUUGACAUUAUUUUAAAAGGUAAAAAAACAAAAGCAAAACCUAAAACCUACUGAAAAGAAUUCUCAAAAAUGUAAUAAAUCCAAUUGGAUCCCUUUUUAUUCAAUCACUCUAAUUCACCACGAAAAGAGCUGUAAUAAAAUAAACAAAUUAUCAUGAAACACACAUUAAUAGACAACAUCAAAUUCCUACGAAAUGAAAGACUUUAAACUAUAAGCCGUUAAAUAAAAUACAAUAGAACUAUACACACCAAAUAAUGGAUAAUUAUAGACACACACAUUCUACGAGUACUUAAGCUAAUAAAAAUAUACACAUAUACAUUUAUAUGAAAAUUAAAGAGCAAAAGGAAAUUUAUACAAUGCAAAAACGACAUUUCUAGUUGAUAUUGUUAAGAAUCGUUGGAAUUUGUAGAUUAAUUUGACCGUAAUUCAUAUAGGGAACGCUGUUAGGGUAGCUGUAUUUUUAAACAUGUUCAUGUAUAUUGUAUAUAGCAUGUUAAGCUAAUUUACAAUCUCUUCCGACGAAAUUGGAAGCGAUCAUAGCUACAAUUGUAAUUUUUACUCAAAGUUAAACACGAAACACAUAAGUCAAACAAUUUUUAAUAUUUUUGGUUAUUUUUUCUUACGUCAAGCUCAGUCACAAAAAACUACCAGAAGUCAGAAUUACAACUGCAACACAAAAUCCGAAUGUUUAAAUGUAAACUAAGUAACACUUUAGCAAAGCUAACUGUCGUAUAUAUGAGUAAAGAAAAGUGGAUUAAUAUUUAUUUAUUUAUUUAGUGACAACAAACAAAAUAAUGGCAGCAAACAAUUGUAGCAAUAUGAAGCAAGAAAACUCGGUAUGUUCUUAUGAAAGUAACAUUAACGAAUUAAUUUAAAGAUUAUAAAUAUAUGAAAAUUUUACUGAAUAAACACAAAGCAAAACCAAUAAAAAGUAAAACCAGAUUGCAGAUAAUUGUCUUAUAUUAAAAGGAACGAAAUAAAAUGUCAAAUGUUGCAUGUUUUCGCCGACUACGACCUUAAUAAGAAAAAUGUUUUUGGCAGAAAGUCAGUUCUUUGACAAAUUGAUCAAACUUCAUCUCAACGAUAUAAAAUUAUUGUUCUCAAGGGGUAACAGCUACUGAGCACGGGAUUUGCCAUCGCUUACUUUACAAGAGCUUUGGGCAAAAGCUUUAAGCUUUCGAUAGCAUAUUAAGCUGCGAACAG